AAAGAGGACAGAGAGCUCUAAACCGACAAGCAAUACUACUGAUUUCUUCGGCAGAAUGUCAAGUGUCAAUACCGGAUCACACAAACACGUUCCGAUAGAAAAUACUGACAACUCAAUUAACUAUAAUGAAUAUUGGGCUGAUCACAUAGAACCGUUAUUGUAUACGGAUUUGGACAAAGUUAUCAUCCCCAUCAUUAUGCCUAUCGUGGUCACCAUCGGUAUCAUUGGUAACGUAUUGACAAUUAUCGUGAUUGCAAGUAAAAACUGCAUGCACACACCUGUUAACAUGUACUUUGCAAAUUUAGCAAUAGCUGAUACGUUGUUCCUAAUAAAUGCAUCUGGUUAUAGAUGGAACUCUUAUAUUAAAAGUCCGGUAAUUGAUACAUAUGACAUUGGUGAAACACCGAAAUGGUUUUGUCCACUAAACGGCUUCCUCGAGAAUGCAGGGGUAGACGUGGCACUCUUAACAAUGUUCUGGCUGUCCGUUGAACGCUAUAUGGCAAUCUGCAGACCUUUUAAGUUCAAACAAAGUGGAUUCGGGAUUUGUUCCAUGUCUAUAAAGAUCUGUGGCAUCAUCUGGUUUUUAGGUUUGUCUUGGAAUGUAUAUUUUCUGGUUGGGGAACAUACAUUCACGUACGAAAUAAGUUGGCCUAUCAUUGCUGUCGAUACUUUGCCAAAUACUUUUACAAUCUGUGUUCUUAGAUGGUACGAAUUCCAUGUAAUUUAUUGGUACGUAACUCGAGCACUCAAUGUGUUGAUGAUUGUGAUCAUUGUAGCUCUUUACACGGCGAUGCUGAUUUCUCUGCGGAAGUCGCGAGGUAUAGCAAUUAGUUCGGCCGGAAGGGAACCAACAUCGAAAUCAGAAUGUAAAGUUUUUUUGACAGUAUUUGUAACUGUUACGGUUUAUGUUGUUUGCACUGCACCAUUUUACAUAUAUGUGGUAUUAUUUAGGAAUGGUAUUGCACAAUUAAACCAUUCACCAAUAAAUAUUUACCGUUUGAUGUUUUAUAUAAAUUCAUCGGUAAAUCCUGUGAUAUAUAAUGGAAUGAAUUAUAAUUUCAGACGAGCAUUUUAUGACGUAUAUUGUAGCAGAUGUAGUAGAAAAAAGAACAUACAUACCAAUGUACAAAUUUAGACACUUGACACAAAGAUUAAAAAUAAUCUGAUAUUUACGAAUUCGUCAUGAAUUUCGGCAUUUUCAGUUUACUAGACAACUCUCAAAAGAAUGGAAAUUUAAAAUAGAAUUUUCACGAAUUAUAGGUUUUAGUAAUAAAAUAAAUAUGUUAGUUUCAAAACUUUGUCCGAGCUUCUCGGCGUCGACCUCUAGACCCAGUCGGAGGUUGGCUUCGUUGUAUUACAGUAUUUAGCAAAAUUCAGCUUUUAUUAGAAUUUGGCUAAUUUAAUGACAGCUUCAGGGGUGGAUCUAGGAUGAAUUUUGCGGGGGGGGGGUCCU